AUGCUAAAAGAAGUCCACCACAAAUUCCUAAUCUCCGGUCAUACUCACUUGGAAGCAGACUCGAUUCAUGCUUCAAUAGAAAAAGCUAAAAAGCACACAACAAUGGAUAUAGAAAUACCCAGAGACUGGUCCACUCUGGUUCGCAGCAUUCAGCGAAAAGGAGGAAUUAAAGUCAUUGACAUGUCUCAGGAUGAUUUUUACAAUAUAAGCGCUCUUCAGAAAGCGUAUUUUGUGAAUAGAAAGAAAAACGCGGACGGAGAGCAAAUGUCUUUUUUGAAAGCAAACUAUUUCCUCUACACGAAGGAAAACCCUGGAAAAAUUUUCUACAAGGAAGGCUUAUUGGCAAAAGAAGAUUUCAAAGUCUGGGAUAUAACAAAGAAGAAAAAAGGACAGCCAGAUGAGACACAACUCGUUUUGGAAAGGCUACAUAAUUCGUACCCGUUGCCUCUUCCAAAAAAAAAAUUGGACGACAUUAAUACGUUAAUACAAUAUAUACACCCAAAUUGUCGGCUUUUUUAUGCUAAUCUCAAAUCAGAAGAAACAGCUGCCGAUGAAGAUGUAUGUCCGACAGCUAUUUUACAAUAUGAUGAAUAA